AUGGACACUCUUGCAACUAUAUGUGCUCAUGGCUUCAUUUCUCCACUAUGCAUAACAUCUCAAAAGAUCAAUCAAUUUUUAGUUCAUCCCAUAGAAACAUUACCGUUUGCAUUGUCAUUUUAUCUUUGGUAUGCUUUGGUUAAAAAAGAUGCAAAUAUUGAAAAGAAAUGUUCUCUUUAUAUUUCAAGUUUUGUUUGGUUGUCAGCGAUUAUUCACGCAAUUUGUUUGUCAGUCGCAUCAAGAAAUGAUGAAAAUUUUGGUACCAAAGUCGAAUCAUAUUUAUGCGUAGCUCGAAAAAGAACAUAUUCUAUGCUUUUAAUAAUCAUUAUUUUUACUUUGUUGUUUACGAUUGCUAUGUCAAUCAUGCAACUAGGUCAUGAUGAUGAUAUAUGGUCAUGGUGUUAUACUUUCUCUGGGCCAGUAGGAAUAUUAUUAUGGUCAAUUUUUGGAACAAGCAAAAAAGCAGCAAUAUUUUUGCCAUGUUAUUAUGUCACUCCAGUAUCUUUAAAUUCCUAUGAUAUUCCACAAGAGCAUAUGACAGUAACUGAUAAUUUAUCAGAUAGUUCAAUGACAAUAACGACAAUAACCGACGAAGGGACAGAAACUAGUAGGAAUAGUAGGAAUUGUAUGUUAGAAAAAGAAGAUCUAGAUGGAAUGAACAAAUAA